CCAAAGUCAGUUCCUGAAAACUUUACUGAGGUGGUAAGAAAAUGCCACAGGUGAAAAUUCCAGAAACAGAUGACGACAUGCGCUCCUUUGCAGAGUUGGUCUUUGCCUCAGAGGUGAAGGAUGAAGGAGAACGGCAUGAAAUCUCUCCUUUUGAUGUGGCAGAUGUCUGCCCUAUCUCACAUCAUGAAAUGCAAGAUCACAUGAUCAAACAGGACAACACAAAUGUUUCUGAUAAAAGGAAGAAGAUGCUUUUGCGGCUGAAAACCAUUGCGUUGGUUGUUCCUGUUGCUGCACACUGUUCAACAAAACUGUCCACUUUAGAUGAGGUCAUCUCUACUACUGCUAUGUAUGAAGAUGUACCCAAAUUUCAGCGUGUGCAGAUCACAGGGGAUUAUGCCGCAGGGGUAUCUGUGGAGGACUUUGAACUAGUCUGCCAGGGUCUGUAUCGUGCUCUAUGCAUCCGAGAAAGGAAUAUGAUGAAAUCUUUCCAGCGAUUCCCUAAGACUCCUUCCCAGUUCUUAUGCACAAUUGAAAAUGAAGUAUGGAAGCCCAAUGAAGAGAUGUGGCCAGUGUUCACCUCACCAGUGAAGGAUAGUGCAGAUCUUUGGCGAUCUGACAAUCUUCCCGAGAAUCUGAACUACCAUACAGAAAUGAAGGAAGGGGUGGCAUAUGUCUAUGCUGACAAAGAAGCUGCUGCCAGGGGUGAGCCCAUGGACCUGUCCUAUCCUAACCUGGAGGUCUUUAUUGAUGACAUGAACUUCUUGCUUACCCUUAUAGCAAAGGGGCCUGUUAAAACCUAUACCCACCGAAGACUUCGAUUCCUCUCUUGCAAGUUCAACGUACAUGAGAUGUUGAAUGAGAUGGAAGAAUUGAAGGAGCUGAAGAACAAUCCCCAUCGGGACUUCUAUAAUUGUCGGAAGGUAGAUACACAUAUUCAUGCUGCAGCUUGCAUGAAUCAAAAGCAUCUAUUACGAUUUAUUAAGAAGUCGUACCGGUUAGAUCGUGAAAGAGUGGUAUACAAAUCCAAAGAGGAAACAUUGACGCUGAGGCAGCUAUUUGAAAAGCUCAAUCUUCACCCCUCUGAUCUGACUGUGGAUUCACUUGAUGUACAUGCAGGCCGCCAGACUUUCCAACGCUUUGAUAAGUUCAAUGCCAAGUAUAACCCAGUGGGGGCCAGUGAAUUGCGUGAUCUCUACCUGAAGACUGAAAAUGCCAUCAAUGGCGAGUAUUUUGCUACCAUCAUUAAGGAAGUUGGCUCUGAUCUAGAGGAUGCCAAAUACCAAUAUGCAGAGCCACGACUUUCCAUCUAUGGAUGUUCACCAGAAGAAUGGCCCAAAUUAGCUAAAUGGUUCACCCAACAUCGUGUAUAUUCGCCCAAUAUGAGAUGGAUGAUCCAGGUACCCAGAAUUUAUGAUGUCUUUAAGGCAAAGAACUUUCUACCACACUUUGGGAAGAUGCUGGAGAACAUUUUCCUGCCUGUGUUUCAAGCAACAAUCAAUCCCCAGGACAAUAAGGAACUGAGUGUUUUCCUACGUUAUGUUACUGGUUUUGAUAGUGUAGAUGAUGAGUCCAAACAUAGUGGGCACAUGUUUUCUACCAAGAGUCCCAAACCUGAGGAAUGGAACCAUGAAAAGAAUCCAUCCUAUACAUAUUAUUUGUAUUAUAUGUAUGCCAAUAUCCUUGUGCUGAAUCAUCUUCGACGGAAGCGUGGUAUGAACACCUUCCUAUUCCGUCCUCACUGUGGAGAAGCUGGUUCUCUUACCCACCUCCUGGCUGCCUUCAUGACUGCAGAUAAUAUUUCUCAUGGCUUGAACCUGAUGAAGAGCCCUGUGCUGCAGUAUCUCUACUUCUUAGCCCAAAUCCCAAUUGCCAUGUCCCCACUCAGCAACAACAGUCUCUUCCUAGAGUAUGCCAAAAACCCACUCCUUGAUUUCCAUCAGAAGGGACUGAUGGUAUCUCUCUCCACUGAUGAUCCCAUGCAAUUCCAUUACACUAAGGAGCCUCUCAUGGAAGAAUAUGCAAUUGCUGCUCAAGUCUUCAAGCUCAGCACCUGUGAUAUGUGUGAGAUUGCACGCAACAGUGUCCUGCAGUGUGGCCUAUCUCAUGAGGAAAAGCUCCAUAUUUUGGGCAAGAACUAUCAUGAAGAUGGGCCACAAGGUAAUAACAUCUCCAGGACCAACGUGGCGCAGAUCCGGAUGGCCUACCGCUAUGAAACAUUGUGCUAUGAGCUUGAUCUCAUGGCUGAAGGGAUGAAAUCACUUGACUAGGUUGGCGCAUCUUGUAUAUCAACGGUUGGAACCAUGGAGCUGGCUGGAGCCAGAAGAAUACCAUUGCUAUUUAGCAUUAGUCAGUUGUGGGGAGGAAAGAUAGCUUUGACAAUAUUGUUUCAGCUUACAUUAUAUUUUCAAAACAAGAAAAAAAAGUACAGCAUGUUUCCUAAGCCUUUUGGUACUGUUGCACUUCUUUAUUCUACAAAUGUCAGUUUUUCUAACAUCCUGGAUGAAAAAU